AUGCUAGUCCGUCGAGCACGGCACUUCGACGUCAUCUGUCGAGUGCUUGACCGUAAUAUACUUCCACCUCCGGAGAUGUGGAGCCUGGGUGUGUGCUUGAACAUUUAUUCACGGGCGAGGUCAUCUCAACACAAUGAUCGGGAUUCAUUAGCAGCGCUGGGCAAAGUACGGUGCUUCAGGUUCGCCGUCGAUGCCGAGAGUCAAUCCCAAUGGGACCCUGCAGAUCCUGCCUGGUUGUGGCAGCAUCAAAUCUCGUGGCAAGGCAAGUCACACUCGCCAGAGAACUUUGACUGGCUAGUGGACUACCUCAGCAAUGUUUGUUCCAACAACUACAAGACGGCAGGUGAUAUCCUUGUACUAUUGUGCAGUAUGAGGGCGAGCUGCAGCCCCGCUUCACAACAGCUAUACAUCGAGAAGCUCAUCGCCUGUAUGGGCAGCAUCAUGCCUCCCCGUUUACGCCAUGCUGCCCUUCGUGCUGCUCACAGUAUCCGGGAAGUCUUGGCCUCCAUCGAUGUCGUUGAUGAUGCAGACAUGAUGUUGACCAAUUUCUCCUCUGCUAUCCUUACCGCGGUUUGUCCACAACCAGGUGCAACGCCCACCAGUGAUGGCCCUGACCGCUUCUUCCAUCCUUCCCACGACUUGUGCUAUCUCGAACUGAUCUUUGCCUUGGUGAGGAAUUCGGUUUGGCACCCCCAUUUGUCUGGGAAUAGCCAUAUAAAUUGGUGCAGUAGCAUCGUUGCAAAGUCUUGCCAUUUCCACAUGAAUCCUUGGUUCAAGCAUUUCAACGCUCUCCAGCCGCAUGCCUUUUACUUAGCUGGCAUCUUUCUCCGAACGACAUCUGAAUACGUGUCCGUUACAUCACCUAGUUCUAUCACAGAGUAG